CCUACCGAUCAGUGUACAGUACUACUCCAUACCGAGCCAUGUUCUUUUCGGUAAUCUAUGUGGGCUAUCAGAAGCGUGGCUACUCCUGGAUCGUCUCCCAAAGGGGUUAAGAUAGACCGUGUUCCCUGGUUGUUUACCUCUAGCCGUUCUUUAUGACGCCGCCGUACACUCUUGGAGACCCUUGCCCAAAUCCCUCUGUCAUUGAUCGAAGGGUUCAUCGACUUGGUCUUGUUCUGGUCGUAAGACCCGUGAAAUACUCCAUACACCCCCUCCUCCUCUUCCUCCUUCUCUCUCCUCUUCUUCAACAUCUAGAAGCAGUGAACUUGGUUGCGCUUCCCACCUUCACUUGCGGCCUUUCGUUCCUCCCAUUAUUUUAUUUUCUAAUCUUCAACCCACAGUUCGCUCGUUUGUCUGUGGUCUUCUCUCUAUCCCGUUACUUUUUCUUGUAUAUUCUGAUUUCGCACAUACCCACCCUCCCCUCAGUACAUAAUCUCACACAAUGGUCCGUUUCGUGACUCCGCUCCUGGCCCUUUCGGCCCUCUCGGCCACCGCUCUUGCGGCUACCACCACUACCUGCAGCACCAGCAGCCAGUGCCCCGAGGACAAGCCUUGCUGCUCUCAGUAUGGCGAGUGCGGUACCGGCGCAUACUGUCUCGGUGGUUGCGACCCCCAAUCCUCCUUCUCCAUUGGCUCUUGCGCCCCGAUGCCCGUCUGUGAGAGCAAGAGCUACACCUGGGAUAACCUCGACAACACCGUCCUGAACACCAAGUACCUGGGCAAUGCCAGCGCUGCCGACUGGACCUACAGCGGGUACCCCAAGACCGAGGAUGGCAACCUGCUCAUGACCAUGCCCAAGAACUCCGUCGGUACUCUCUUCGCCAACAACCACUACAUCUGGUACGGCAAGAUUAGUGGCAAGAUCAAGUCGUCCCGUGGCAAGGGUGUCGUGACCGCUUUCAUCCUGCUCUCCGACGUCAAGGAUGAGAUUGAUUACGAGUGGGUUGGUGCCGACUUGACUGCGGUUCAGACCAACUACUACUGGCAGGGUGUCCUCGACUGGCACAACAGCGGCAACGCCUCCGUCAGCGACCAGGAUACCUUUGACAACUGGCACACCUACGAGAUCGACUGGCAGCCCGAUCAAACCCAGUGGAUCGUCGACGGCGAGGUCAAGCGCACCCUGAAGAAGUCCGACACCUGGAACUCCACUGCCAACCGCUACCAGUACCCCCAGACCCCCUCUCGCCUGCAGAUGUCGCUCUGGCCCGCCGGCCAGGCCAGCAACGCCCAGGGUACCAUCGACUGGGCCGGUGGUGAGAUUGACUGGGACAGCCAGGACAUCAAGGAGAAGGGCUACUACUAUGCUACCAUCGGCCAGGUCGAUGUCACUUGCUACUCCCCCCCCUCGGGCACCCAGCAGACCGGCAACAACUCUUACAUCUACACCUCCGAGGCUGCCUUGGUUAACAACGUCGCCAUCACUGAUAACUCUACCAUUCUCGGCUCCCUCGGUGCUACCGGUUUGGACAUGACCCUCGGUGCCAACAGCAGCAGUGCCACCUCGACCAGCAGCGACAGCGUUCCCACCAACCACGGUGGUUCUGGUGGUAUGGCCAGCAACAGCACGACCAGCUCGGGCUCUGACUCUGGCAGCUCCAGCGGCAGCUCCAGCUCCUCUUCUGCUACCAGCACUGGCUUCAGCCAGGGCACUGACACCACUACCAAGGACAACGGUGCCCCUGCUCAGGGUGAGCGUGUCCUCCGUGGCUCGCUCUUCGCAGUCCUCGUGGCCGUGGUCGUUCUGGUGACGCUGUAAAUGUAACUUCAUAUGGGACUUUUUUGUGUGUGUGUGUGUGUGUACUUGUGUGUCAGAAUACUUUUGCCAUACGAGAAAAUCUUAUCCUUGAGAUUUUCUGCUUUAUUUCCCUCCAAACUUUUUCUACUACUCUUUCACGAGUAAAACUCCCCUUUUUGGGAUCUUUGAUCCUGCCUUCGCUUCUCAACUGUCUUUGACUGACUUUCUGAUUCCCCCACAAUGAAGAAAACACAUCUUUUGGAUCUUUUGUACCGUUUCUCGUUUUACGCUCUGCUCUGCUCUGUUCUACAUCCUUUUGGAUCUAUCGAUUCCCUUUAACGCCGUCCACAUGUCCGAACUAUCCUGCUUCUACUUCAUGCUCGGCGUUUCUUUUUCUUCACCUAAUGGAUGAUUUCGCUCGGUCUAUUCGCCAUUGUCAUUUUUCUUUUCUCGGUCCGGCUGAUUUCAUGUCCGUCUCUGUAUGCCCCGUUUGUCACAGCGAUGAACCAACGCUCUUCCCUGGCACAUGUUUGGAAAUACCUAGCUCCACUCUAGGGAUGGUCUGUAAUGAUGGGUGGUCCAUAGUCAUAGUCUCUCAUAAUUUAUCUCAUUCUCAAUGUUCUGGUUUCUAGCUCGAAAG